AUGCGCUUCACCCUUGGACGUCUCUUGCCCCCUGCACUGACCGUGCUGGCUGUGUCUGGUGCGGUUGCCGACGACGCUCAAUCGAGAGCCGAGAAUGCGCUCGAUGUUCUUCAAGAAUGGUACGAUAAUUCGACGGGCCUGUGGGAUACAGCCGGGUGGUGGAAUGGCGCCAAUUGCAUGACGGCCGUCGCCGACUUGGCUGCCGUGGACUCGUCGGUGCGUGACACCGCCAGCUAUGUCUUUCAGACCACCUAUAGCAAGGCCCCGGCCUCCAAUCCUCACCCUGGCCCCGAGACCAAGACGACCUCCAAGCGACGCCAUCUUCUCGGCCGUGCUAGUCCUGCCGUCAAUGCCUCCGCAUGGUUGGAUUCGGCGUAUGAUGAUGACGGGUGGUGGGCCCUUGCAUGGAUCGCGGCAUACGAUGUCACGCACGAGCAAAGCUAUCUGGACCUAGCAGAAGGCAUUUUUGCCGCACUGCAAGCUGCCUGGGGCACGCAGUGUGGCGGUGGGAUCCAGUGGAAUCCCACCAGCACCUAUGUGAACGCUAUUACGAACGAGCUCUUCCUGUCCGUUGCGGCCCAUUUGGCCAACCGGGUCCCGUCACGUAAAGCUUUCUAUGUAGAUUGGGCCCAGAAAGAAUGGGAGUGGUUUCAGGCCCAAGGCUUCAUUGGCGAGAACGGCACGAUCAACGACGGACUGCUAGAUAACUGCCAGAAUAAUGGUGACACGGUCUGGUCCUACAAUCAAGGGGUAGUGCUCGGUGGGCUCGUCGAGUUGAACAAGGCCGCACCGAACGACACAUAUCUCCCUUCAGCUGAACGCAUUGCGAAGGCUGCAAUUGAAACCCUGGCUGAUUCCGACAAGGUCAUCCACGAUUCAUGCGAGCCCAGUAACUGUGAACCGAAUGCCACUCAGUUCAAGGGGAUCUUUAUUCGCAACUUACAGAUGCUGUAUAGCGUGGCCCCAGAUGACCUUUAUAAACAGGUUAUCAUCAGCUGUGCAGACCAUAUCUGGACCAAGGACCGGAAUAACCAAGGCCAACUGGGGGUCGUCUGGUCGGGGCCGCUCAAUGGCCCUAUCGAUGCCACGACCCAGAGCUCAGCGCUGGAUGCGCUGAUUGCGGCGAUUACUAUUUAA